AUGGCGUGGAAAACUUAUUUUGGAUUUCUGAUUAUUUUACUGGUGAAAGAGACAGCCUCGGAAGAUCCGUGUAAGGAAUCACCACAUGCUGUUACAGCCUGCGAAACUGUUGUUGAUGUUAAAAGGCAGUUGUUUAUACCAAUUAAUAAUACAAUUGGUGAUGGUUGCCAGUGUACUGUCGAAUUGGUUUCAAUAACAGAAGAUCCAUUUACUGACAAAGUUGAAACCAAAUUCCUUGAUAUUAAUGAAUGUGGAUUUAACGCAUCAACUGAAUUAGAUGGGGUCUUAGAAACACUGACAUGUGACAAUUCUCUGGUAACCAAGGAUAUGGAAACAGGAGAUGAGAUGAUAUAUAGAUUUACUGGUAGAUCUGAUGCAGAUGUUACUGUUUGUCUACAGAUAGUUCCACAAAGUGCUAAUUCGAGAGUAAAUAUCAGCUGUGCAGACCAGAUUACAGAUCCCAACACAGCAUCAUCAACACUUUCAUUACCGACCACUUCAUCAACUUCACAAACGCCACCAUCAACAUCAACAGCUUCAUCAACAUCAAAAUCAACAGCUCCAUCAACAUCAAAAGCUCCAUCAAAAGUUCCAUCAACAUCACAAGCGCCUCCACCAAGGACCGCGGGAUCGUUAUUUCAUACAUCAUCAAGUUCUCCCGAACAAACAACAAAAUCAACGCCAGAUGAUUAUGGUGUUAACGGUCCAAAGUCAACAACUUUUAAACCAAAUGCGGAUAAACCAGAUAUUACAUUCAUAAUUAUAUUAAUUGGAUCAUGUGUCGGUGGAUUUUUGUUAAUAUUACUCAUUAUUCUAAUUACAUGGUGUAUCAUCUAUCGGAGAAGGAAGAAGCGAUAUGAAGCUAAGAAGGCUUUGCCGAAUAAUGAGGCUGAUCAUCAUAGUUUAGAAGGUAUUCAAUUUGAAAAUGAACUGUUUAUCUUGGCGAAUAAAGAUGAGGGUAAAGAGGACAGCAAACAAACUGAUGCUAAUGACAAGCCUAUUAUUUAUCAAUCACCUCAAAAAUGUGAUGUGAGCCCAGGCGACCAACUUCCAGAUAUCGUAAAACCAUCUGAGAAUGGAGUUAAGAAAGUGAAUUUUGAUGUAGUAUGUGAUCCAAUUGCGGAAUUACCAGAAGAAUCUGUGACCGAGUUUAAAACUGAUACCAUUUUAAUGAAUGACGCAAUGAUUAAUACUAUGACUGGUCGAAUACAAUUGUGA